AUGGCUGACGACGACGAGGAAGUGAUCCAGAAGGUCGAGGUCAAGCCCGAUGAGUUUAAUGGGCUUAUCGGAAGCAUUGCUGGGAACCUGAUCCGUGAAAAGAUCGGCGGACCAGGAGGUGAUAUCUUCGGUGGCCUCGCGAGCAACUUCCUCGGUGGAGGAGGAGGAGGCGGCGGCGGCGGCGGUGGAUUCUCAGGUGGCAACGGCGGAUUCGGGGGAAGCGGGCCGAAUUUUGGCGGUGGCGGCGGCAAUAAGGAGCCUCGAAGGAAACGAGACAUGGCGAUGGAUGUGAUCGGCGGAUUGAUAAGCUCAGGUGCUGCGAGCAAUAUCAUCGAUGGAAUAAUGCACAAAAAGAAGCAAGGCGACGGCGGUGGAGGAGGAGGCGGCGGAAAUCGUGGUGGUGGUGGUGGAUCAAGUGGAAACGAUGCUCUUGGCAAUUUAAUCGGCGGACUCAUCUCUCGAGGUGGAGGCGGCGGCGGAAAUGAUGGCGGUGGUCUAGGUGGAUUGGUUGGGAAUCUGCUCGGUGGCGGCGGCGGCAGCGGUGGAGGAAACCGUGGCGGAUACAAUGAUCCGUAUCAAGGUGGCGGCGGCGGAUUCGGUGGUGGCGGUCAAGGUGGAGGCGGCGGCGGCGGCGGCUUCAACCUAAACGACAUUGGUGGAAUUAUCAACUCGCUUGGCGGAGGCGGCCAAGGAGGCCAAGGUGGCGGCUUCGGAAGCCUCAUCGGUAGCUUGAUCGGUGGUGGCGGCGGUGGUCAAUACUCUGGCGGAGGUGGUAAUGUGAACCCGAACCAGCUCAAUGGUGGAAUGGUGAACAUCAUCGGAAACCUCAUCGGCGAGGCUGCGCAUCGAUUCCUUGGUGUUGAUCCGAGCACUGGACGAAUUAUUGGCGCGGUCGCCGGUAAUGUGAUCAUGGGUCUUGGCGGAAAAGACAAUUCUCUUGGAAACAUCGGAAAGGUUAUCCUUGACAACAUCAUUUCGGGAAAAUUCCGACGCGACGUUGACCCAUUCGUCCGUCCGGGACCCAAUGACGACAGAGGUGGCGGCCCGUCACCGAUUUCUCCGAAACCAACGACGGAGCCGCAAGACUUCUAUCAGCUUCGUGACGAUUGUCUUGCCGCGAAGCAGCUGUUCGAGGAUCCACAAUUCCCGGCCCAAGACAGCUCGUUGUUCUACAGCAAGCGACCGCCAAAGCGUGUGCAAUGGUUGAGACCCGGUGAGAUUGUUCGUGAGCCGCAACUCAUUACCGAGGGACAUUCGAGAUUCGAUGUCAUCCAGGGAGAACUCGGAGAUUGCUGGCUCCUUGCGGCCGCUGCCAAUUUGACACUCAAGGAUGAGUUGUUCUAUCGUGUCGUUCCACCAGAUCAAUCGUUCACUGAGAACUACGCUGGAAUCUUCCACUUCCAGUUUUGGCAGUACGGAAAGUGGGUCGACGUCGUCAUUGAUGAUCGCCUUCCAACCAGUGAUGGUGAGCUUCUCUACAUGCACUCGGCAUCGAACAAUGAGUUCUGGAGUGCUCUUCUUGAGAAGGCCUACGCCAAGUUGUUCGGUUCUUACGAGGCGUUGAAGGGCGGAACCACCUCUGAAGCUUUGGAAGACAUGACCGGAGGUCUUACCGAGUUCAUCGAUCUCAAGAGCCCGCCAAAGAAUCUCAUGCAAAUGAUGAUGCGUGGAUUCGAAAUGGGAUCCUUGUUCGGAUGUUCGAUCGAGGCUGAUCCAUACCAAUGGGAGGCAAAGAUGCCGAAUGGGCUUGUCAAGGGCCACGCCUACUCGAUCACCGGAAUGCGCAUCGUCGAUGGCCCUGAUGGUCAGACUUGCAUUCUUCGCGUCCGAAACCCAUGGGGAAAUGAGCAAGAAUGGAACGGACCAUGGUCGGACAACUCGCGAGAAUGGCGAAGUGUGCCAGACUCGGUGAAACAAGACAUGGGACUCAAAUUCGAUCACGAUGGAGAGUUCUGGAUGUCCUUCGAGGAUUUCAUGAGAAACUUCGAGAAAAUGGAGAUUUGCAAUCUCGGUCCAGACGUCAUGGAUGAAGUGUAUCAGAUGACUGGUGUUAAGGCCGCCGGUAUGGUUUGGGCCGCUAACACACAUGAUGGAGCAUGGAUCCGCAAUCAGACUGCAGGAGGAUGCCGAAACUACAUUAACACUUUCGCAAACAAUCCGCAAUUCCGUGUUCAACUCACCGACUCGGAUCCAGAUGAUGAUGACGAGCUGUGCACUGUCAUCUUUGCCGUCAUGCAGAAAUACAGACGUAACUUGAAGCAGGAUGGUCUUGACAAUGUACCAAUAGGAUUCGCUGUUUAUGAUGCUGGAGGUGUUCGCGGAAGAUUGACCAAACAAUUCUUCGCCUCAACAAAAUCAGCGAUGAGAAGUGCGGCGUUCAUCAACUUGAGAGAGAUGACUGGCCGAUUCCGUGUUCCACCAGGUAACUACGUCGUCGUUCCAUCGACGUUCGAGCCAAAUGAAGAGGCCGAGUUCAUGCUCAGAGUCUACACCAACGGAUUCAUCGAGUCGGAGGAGUUGUAA